AUGCCUCCCAAACACUCGACACGGCACCGUACUGCCAACACCAACACCUCCGCCAGCCCCCCACUCCCCCUUCUCCCCACCGAGGUCCAAUACCUCAUCUUCAAAAGCUUUCUGUCCUUCGACCCCUCAUUCAUGCUCGCCCGCACGCUUCUUGCCCGCACGCUCACCCUCGCCAAAUUGUCGAAGUCCCACUAUGCAUCGUUCAUCCCUCGCCUAUACAAACGCAUCGUAGUAUCAGACGAGGCCAUCGAAAGGGGCUUGUUUGAGGGUCUCUCUGUGCGGCCAGCUGGUGGAACAGAGGUGGUACGAGGGGAAGGCGGGCCUCUGGGCAGCAAGCGGGACCUGCUUGAGCACUGCGAAUCGCUGGUCUUCGCCACCUUAGCCGCCAGAGACGCUACCGCCGAAGUCGUAGAGCUUUGGAACGGCAUGAUGACGGCCGAGCGCUACAAGGCAGGUGGCCUACCCGACCCCCCCCGGCAUCUUCAACAACACAAGCUGAAUCUGCUGUUUCCUCGGCUGGCUGCUACUGCGAUAUAUCGAGAUCCCUGGCCUCUCAAGAAUCUGUCCCAUGUCUGUUUUCGACUGCCAUAUCCUUCCCUCCCGUCCGAAUACGAACACUACCUCGAGUCACUCUACGACCUUGCCUCGUUUUUUGGUCAGGGGGUAAGUGACACCGUCGGCAAUGUGACACGUUUCCAAAACCAUGAUAUGGCUGAGGACCGCUAUUCGAGCAUCAACUAUGUCAAUUGUGGGAAAACGAUGAUUGUCGACAUGCUGCCUCUAGCGCAUCCAGAGGACAGGGAUGAUGCGGAAGGGUGCGACCGUCACGUGGAACUGAUAUACUCGUACUGUAAGAAAUCCUUCUCGAUCUGGAAGGAAUUCGGAAAGGAAUUCCCCGAAGAUCUCCCAAAAGCCUUGAUCUUCACCAACUUCGGCACGACCGUCUCCCGUAACGGCGAUUACCACUAUAUUUCUCCCAACAAAAAAAAGGCUAUUCUUCGAAAAGCUCAAAAAGAUAUCAAAACACGUCUACAGCCGAUUGCCGCAUCCGAAAACUUAGAUACUGGAGUGGUGGAUAAGAUCUUCAUACGAGGACACGAAGAGUGCAAGUUCUGUGGGGACGUCUCUCCUAUGGAGAGGCGUAGCGAAGCUCCGUUCUUGUUUUACGAUACCUCCACCACUUUCUUCAUAUCUUCAUUGGCCGGGCCCCUUCUGUCUAUCACGUCGGCUUUCCAACUUUUUGGUCGCCCUUCUUUUUGUUUCCAGAACCAUGCCGAUACCCUUACUGGUGGGAAGAGCGUACCGGGAAUUGAGAGCGAAGGAGAGGGAGAGUGUAUGAGACGACAGCAGCGGGUCUUGCAGAGGUAA